AUGUUUAACUUUGCUGACUUUGCCCACCCGGAUUAUUCUCAGGGAAGGCAUAAGAAUUUUACGCCAGGCAGAGUUAGAAACAUUCAAUUUUCUCCAGACAAGCCAAAUGAAAUCAUAAAGACAGAAGAAGUUCAAAAUAUUUCUCCAAAAUCUUCUCCUGACAAAACUACAAAAACAGAGCGACCAAAACUUGUUGUUGAGAAGAUAAAGAAAGAAGAACCGAAAGAAGAACCUGAGCCUACCAAUCAAUUAACAGUAGAAAAAACACCUCAAGAGCAAACACCUGCUACUAAUCAACAAUACGCACAAUAUGCAUAUGGAUAUCAAUAUCCCAACCCAUAUAUGUAUCAAUAUGCACAAAAUGCGCAAUAUCCAAGUCAAUAUCCUUAUCCAUACACAACACCUGAACAAAUAGCUUAUGCAUAUCAAUACGCAUAUCAAAUGUAUGGUAUACAACCACCAAAUACUCAAGUUAUGCCAAACCAACAACAAGAACAACCAAAACAUAAGAAAACUGUUAAAAAAGUUAAAGUUUCAAGGCUCAAACCACGUGUUGAAGAUGAUAAACCAGCAGCACCAUUCGGAAAUGACUUAGAAAAUAAGAAUACAAUUGAUGAUUAUAUAGAAGAAUACGAAUACUACGAAGAAGAAGAGGAAGAGAACGAAUUACCUCAGCAGCAAUCCGUAAUGCAGAAUCCGAUUGUUAAACAACCACUUUUAGUACAGAAACCAUUAAAUCCGAUUCCUACAACUCCAUAUCAAUAUGGAGAGCAUUCUGGCAUCAUAUUUGACCAAAGCGGACUCUCAAUUGAACGACCAACUACGAAUAAAUCUCUCAAACUCGAAUGGCUCCCUCCUGGCGUAAAUUUGAAAGAAAAAGAGCCAAUUGAUGCAAUUUUAAAGCGAUCUGGCAUCUCAAUCAUAAAGAAAGAGAAGGCCCAGUAUAAGCCCAUUGUCGUAAACCUAAGAGAAAAGACCCCAGAAGAAAUUGAAGAAGAAAAACGUCAAAAAGAGGAAGAAGAAAGAAUCCAGCACGAAAAGGAAGAAGCAGAAAAGCGCAAGAAGGAAGAAGAAGAGAGAUUGGAAGCAGAAAGAAUCGCUAGAGAAGAAGCAGAAAAAAUUAGAUUACAAGAAGAAGAGAAACUUAAAGAAUUGGAACGAAUUGAAGCAGAAAAGAAUGAACCCGUUCAAGAUCAUCAAGUUAUCCUCGAUGAAGAUCAGCCAAUAGAAGAGAAUAACGAUGAAGAUUUCGGACUUCCCCAUUUCGAUGAAAAAAGUGACACCCAUUCACCCGAACCUAGUAAUUUCAUUCCAACUGUUAAUAUUAAAUCAACUAUUGAAGAAACAACGGAAACAAACACUGAAAGUGAUGUUUUCCAUCGUAUGGACAUAGAAGAGAAUAUUUUGAAGCAAUCUCAACAGAAGAAAGAAGAAAUUGAAGCAGAACAGCGUCCAUUUGAUGAUCAUAAUGAAGAAGAGUUCCAAUUCUUCGAGGGAGCCAUGAGAAAGCCUCCGAUUAUCAUUGCUCCUCCAGACAGCGGAUUCGAUGAGAAUGCCUUCAGUAUCCAUAAUGAAGAUAAGCCAGGAUUCACAUCCCCGCAGCCAGAUCCUUUCCUUUUCAGCAAAGAAAGUUCAGCAAGCGCAUCUCAAGAAAAAUUCCAACUUUCUCGAGAUAAUUCCGGCUCAUCGGAGAUGUUCAACUUCAAUACUCCUCAAAAUAACUCUUCAGACCUCUUGAAAGCUCCAACUUUCGGUUCAUUUAAUUUCAAUUCCAAUAAUUCACAAGAUUCCUUCGUCAAACCACCAACAUUCAGUGGAUUUAACUCCCAGUCCUCUCCAUCCUUCAGUUUUGGCCAGAGUAGCUACUCCUUUGGCUCCCAGGCGAUCGAUGCAUCAGCUCUUCCUCGCGCUCCUGUUUUCGCUUUCGGAGGAGGAAAUUCCGACGAAACAAUCAAAGCUCCUGUUUUCAGAUUCGGUCAGCCAUCGCUUAACGAAGGCCCUGUCACACCUACAACGGCAAAUCCAAUGCCAGAAGACGAAAACGACGAAAGCGAGAAAGAAGAAAACAAUUUGAUGAAAGAUUCUGCUCCUGAAUUUUCUUCUGACGUUUUCGGAGGUUUGAUUCACUUGGAACGCGAACAGGAGAAACAGGAAUCAGACCACGAAGCAGAGACAACGAAGGCGGAACCUGUUAUUGAUAAUGAUUUGGAUGAUAUCCUCGGUAUUGUUUAA